GUUCUCAUUAUUGCCAUUCUCACAUUUGAUUUUGUUUUUGUUUUUGUUUGUUGCUGCAGACUCACUGAUGCACUCAACCUAACCGAUACUGACUCGUCUCAUCUCAUCAGUCAUUCCUUUCCUUCAUCUUCCACUUGCUCAACAACCCAUUUGAACAACAACAAAACGAAACUCUUACUUCACUCAAAAACAAAACUUUUCGUACUUUGCUAAUGGCUUCUGCUACUUCUUGUUUCUCUUCUGCCCAUUUGGCUACUCCACGUGUCCCUUCGUUUCCUUCUCGUAAUCUCACCCCCAGCGCCAACACCAUCUCCUUUCCCUUCCGUUUGCUCCCCAAAACGGCAACUCUCAAUACCCGUAACGCGCCUCUUUCACUUAAGAUACUGUGUAUCCGUGAAUCUAAAGCUGCAGUGGUUACUAAAGACUCAUGGGAGAGGUCGAUUCUGAACAGUGACACACCCGUUCUAGUUGAAUUUUAUGCAAGUUGGUGUGGCCCAUGCCGGAUGGUCCAUCGGGUAAUUGACGAGAUUGCUGGAGAGUAUGCUGGGAAACUUAAAUUCUAUAUGCUCAACACAGACACUGACUUGCAAAUUGCUGAGGACUAUGAAAUCAAGGCUGUACCUGUUGUAUUGCUGUUUAAGAAUGGAGUAAAACGCGAAACUGUGGUCGGAACCAUGCCUAAGGAUUUCUAUAUUUCUGCUAUUGAGAGGGUUCUGGAGCCAUAAACUUGACUUUGCACUUGACUAGAACAUCAAGUAAAGUCAGAUUUUUUCGUCAUAUGAUACCCUAUUGUUGAAAUUUUGGUUGGUCUCUCAGUCUAUUAGAUGUACAUCCCUUAGAUAAUUACUCUCUUGCUGUUACCAUGAGAGGUAAUGGACUGUUAGUGGAUUUAUCUUUUGUCUUCCUUUUUGUUAUGACUAUAUUUUGUAAAUGUUACCUUAUUGUUCAUGCCUA